GUUGAGGGCGGGCCGUGUGGCCAUUAGAGCGGGAUCUCAGUCCUCUCGGCAGCCUCAUCCUCCUCCGGCUUUCUUCUCUGCUACGGCGAAUUCCGUGGCCGGCUUCCCAAGGAAACCCUAGCGAACCCCCGGGGCAUUCUCUCACUAGCGUGUGAUCGAAGCGCUGAAGUUGAAGCGAUGACGAGCAGCUGGAGAAGGACGUUCGGGAAUGUCCGGUCGUUCGUCGGCAAUUCGAUGGGCGGCCUGCGUGGCGGGGCUAACCUCGCCUCCUGGGUCGUCGCCGGAACCCUUGCCUACUUUCUCUGGGUCAAGCCCUCUCAGGACCUCAGGCGCGAGCAAGAGGAAAAGGCAGCUCUUGCGGCUUCGGAUCCUUACCGCUACGUGGAGAAGCGCAGGCCUAUACCAGAUCCGCAGGAUACUGGUUUGAUAUAUGGCAAUAAACGUGGCGGGACUAACAAACCGGAGAACUAGAUGGGAAUCAAUAUGCAGUACUUGUUGGAACCUAAAUCAUGAAGUCUCAGUUCUUGUGCUGUGUUUUUGUGAUUGCAGAAGAUGAGGGUAUCUUGGUAUCAGUUUUGUCUCGGUAUGAAGACUUACAGCAGGCACCGCAUAGGAGUAGUAUUGAAGAUACUGAAUGACAAUAAGGUUUUGUAAGUAGUAAUCUCCUUUUUAGUUGCCCAAUUUGUGGCGUACAUUUGUUUAGAUAUAUUAGGGUUAAUGACAUAUAAAAUCACGUGGUUUGUCCAUUUUUCCAAAAUAAACCAAACGUUUCAGUUUUGAAAAAUAAAAUCAUGUGGUUUUAUUUUUUCCCCAGAUCAAGUCAAUUUGUCGAUUUUCUAAUUAAGUGAGACUAGCGGGGUCAAAAUUGAAACCACUUUUAUACCAUUGAAGUUACCAUGCCAUGGUUAAAAAUUUUAACAAUUGCCCAUUUUAUGCUUUUUUCUUCUUCUUCUUCUUUUUUUUCCCCUUUCAUCAGGAUAUUCUAAAGGAUGUAAUAUAAAAAUAACAGAUGUCGAUCGAACAAAAUGAUCGAGGUAACAAAGGCGAAAGCAAACUGUGUUCUUUUCUUUUCUUUUCUUUUCCUUUAAUAAGGUUACAUUUCGAAAAGAUGAAACUUAGAAACAGCAAAACAUCUAUGGGAGAAAAUGAUUGAGGUGACAAAUGAUGCUUCUUGUCGCAUUGGUUUUAAUAGGAGGUCAAGAAUUGGCUUCGUCAAGAGUGUUUGGUAAUCUUAAUUAUAUAACAUUAAUUUUCAUUUUGACCCCUUUAGUCUCACUUAAUUAUAAAUUUGACAAAGUUGGCCUGAUUUGGGACAAAAAUUGAAAGCGUGUGAUUUUAUUUUUGAUCAAAAUUAAGAGGUUUGGUUUAUUUUGAGAAAAUGAGCAAAUCACAUGAUUUUAUAUGCAAUUUACCCUAGAUAUGAUAUGGUGGAAGUUAAUUAGACUUUUUUUAUGGGCAGUUGCUCUUAUUCGUAUCAUACUCUCUUGAGCAAUACAAUUCUUUGUAAUCAAUACACAUGAGCUGCUUGAAGCUGGGAAUUAAUCACGAAAACAUCGGAUCGUUCAGAA